AUGUUACAUGGGCCGAUGGUGCGACAGAACAAUCAGAAGAUUCUCAACUGCUAUGACCAAUCCCUGUUGCCUAAGGUCCCGGUCUGCCUCGGCGGAGGCCCGUCGGAGGGGCCCACACGGCGGGCCUGUGCUCCCUCUCGGCCCAUGUUCCUCGCGUUCCUGGUCGGGGGGCGCUGCCCUAACCGGGGCAUGGGCCCCGGCUUCUCGAGACUGCCCACACGAUCUAGACGAUCGAGAAUGUCCUGCGGUGGUGAUGAUUGGGCGCACGUUGAAUCUCAUUCAUCGGUUCCACUUCCAUUCGCGGAUGAUGUCCGUCCCGUUGACCAACCACGGCGCCCCCCGCAUCCAUCGUGGAUCCACGGAGUAGCAGGUCUCUGGUCUGGACGUGCUGAUUGGAGCUCGAAGAGUGAUUUCUCUACGGCGCAAAUACCCAGUCGGCAUAGCGAACAAGCCCGUCAGCAGCUUGCCACGGUCAUCUUAUUGACUUAUCUCCCACUACCUGCCAAUCCCCUGCAAUUCCGCACGGAAGUCGGCAUUGUGGCCGGUAGUCCCGAAACCUAA